AUGGCUUCGCAGACUCAAAGCUCGUCUGUGUCGGCCUUCGUGUCUUCACUGAUUUUGAACUUGAUUAUAUUCGCUGUUUUUCUUACCGUCUUUGUUGUCUGCAAAGACAAGUUCAAAAGAGUGUACCAGCCAAGAUCUACGGUUGAAACUGUUCCUAGCAGACUCAAGGCGGACCCACAACCCAGAGGCGCCUUUGCUUGGAUCACGUUCAUUCUCUCCAAACCGGAAUCUUACAUCAUUGAGAAGGCUGGCGUCGACGGUUAUUUUUUCCUGCGCUACAUAUUGACCUUCGCUUCGCUAGGAAUCGUGGGUGGUUUAUUCAUAUGGCCAGUGCUCUUUUCCGUCAAUGCAACUGGCGGUGCUCACCAGAAAGGCUUUGAUAUCAUUUCCUACUCGAACAAUGUUGGAAAAUGGAGAUCCUUUGCUCAUGUGUUCUGCUCCUGGCUGUUUUUCGGUUUGGUCAUUUACACAAUCUACAAAGAGCUGAUCUACUACACUAGUUUCAGACACGCUUUGCAGACCACUCCGCUAUACUCGUCCUUGAUUUCCUCCAAAACUCUGUUUAUUGACAAUGUUCCAGAUUCCAUGCUAGACGAGGACACUUUGCACAGACUGUUCCCAGCUGCUGUCAACGUUUGGUACACUAGAGACACUAAGGAGUUGCAAGACCUUGUCAAGAAGAGAACAAAGCUCUCUGGCAAACUUGAGAACAGCAUCGUGAAGGUCGUUGGUAAGGCUAUUAAGCUCAGAGCUAAAGCUGUGAAAAAGAACAAGCCAGUUCCUGAACCAGCCAACGAAAUCACCUCCUACAUUCCAGAGAAGAAGCUUCCAACUUACAGGGACUCUCGGAUUCCAUUUUACGGGGAGAAGAAGUCUCUGUUCACUACUGGAAUUGAUGAAAUUGGUGAUUACAACAAGAAAAUCAACGAUGAACAGUUGAAGUAUCCGGACGGUUUCGAGAAGACUGGCUCCGUUUUCAUUGAAUUCGCCAAUCAUCUGGAGCUGCAAAGAGCGUACCAGGGUGUGCCAUACUCUAAAGAGCUCAAGUACUCGAGAAGAUUCACUUCUAUUAGUCCUGACGAUGUUGUUUGGGAGAAUUCUGGUCUCACCGCCAAGGUGAGAGCUGGUAAGCGCUCCACUGCAAUCACUGUCCUGACCUUGACCAUUAUUUUCUGGUCCAUUCCGGUGGCCGUUGUUGGCGCAAUUUCCAACAUCAACUACUUAACUGAAAAAGUGCAUUUCUUGCGUUUCAUCAACAACAUGCCAUCCGUUCUUAUGGGUAUCAUCACAGCUUUGCUUCCAACCAUUGCUCUUGCUGUGCUGAUGAUGUUGCUCCCACCAUUCAUCAGAAAGAUGGGUAAGCUCAGCGGAUGCAUGACAGCUCAAAACGUUGACUUCUGGACUCAGCAAUGGUACUACGGCUUCCAAGUGGUUCAGGUCUUCCUAGUUGCCACAUGUACCUCUGCUGCUGCGUCUUCUGUGUCUGAGGUCAUUGAGAAACCAUCGGAGGCUAUGUCUUUGCUUGGUCAAAAGCUGCCUGCUGCUUCCAACUUCUACAUUUCGUACAUGUUGCUGCAAGGUCUUUCGAUCAGCUCUGGUGCUUUGGCCCAAAUAGUUGGUUUGAUUCUUUCCUUCUUCCUUGGAAGAAUACUUGAUGGCACACCAAGAAAGAAGUGGAACCGCUACCACACUUUGGGAACUCCAUCGUGGGGUACCACAUACGCUGCUUUCGGUCUUUUCACGGUCAUUAUGCUUGUCUACUCGAUCAUCUCGCCCAUCAUCAUUGCCUUCACCACCAUCGCGUAUUUCCUCAUUUAUGUCGCAUAUCUUUACAAUCUGAACUACGUUCUCGAUCGCAGUGUUGAUAACCGCGGCCGCAACUACCCACUGGCCCUGUUCGAAGUCUUUGUGGGCUUGUAUCUUGCCGAGCUCUGUUUAAUUGCCCUGUUUGUCAUGCCAAAGAACUGGGCGUGCGUGGUUCUGGAGGCAGUGAUGUUGGCAGCUACCGUUGCUGCGCAUCUUUACUGCAGAUGGAAAUUUGAGCCUCUUCUCGACACCGUGCCAGUUGGUGCGAUGAAAGAGGCCAACGGAGGCGUUGUGGGCGCUUAUCCAAUGAGCGACCAAGGCCUUCGUCAAAUCCAGGAAGAAGGCGCGAACUACUUCGUUGCUGACGGCUCUGAGUCGUCUAAGUUCUCUGAGUACGAAGGAGGCGCUAAGCAGCAAUCGUUGGCCAGCGACAGCCCUACUGCUGCUACCGACUUGGAGAAGAUUGCAACCCUGGACAACGAAGAGAGGCCGUUUAACCAGGCUAAUAUUACAGAAGAGCAGGUCAACAAGUUUGACGCGAAACGCUACGUUAGUCCGUCUUUCGUCAAGGGAUACGUGAACAGAUACUUCAAGCCAAGAACCUACUUGAGCUUCAACUACGUCAGGUCGAUUCUUCCUGUUUCGUGGCAGGACCCAGUUCCUGAUCAGGAUUUGACGUUCAAAGAUCCGGCUGCCUCAGUGGAUGAGCCAUACCUUUGGAUCGCGCGUGACAGCCAGGGCCUGAGCAGAAGCUUUGUGGAGCGUUGCCAAGGCAAGCUGCUGAUCAGCGAUGAGAACGCCGUUGUGGAAGACAACGGAAAGAACCGGUACACUGGCCCCCCACCAGACUAUAAAGAUGUCCAGAAGGCCUGA